UCACAGCAGCUAAAGUUUCGCUUACAUUUUACUAUUGUGUGGGUAUUCAGGUGGUUUAUUCAUUGGCAAUUCUCUCGGUGCAUUCCUUAAAAAUGACUCUCUUGCUUGUACCGAUCCUUUUAAGAUCUCGGCAUUUUGUUUGCGCACUUGUAAUUUUUCAGUCGAUUUUGAUAACAGCGCCAGUUACAUAACCAAGUGCUGACACUGGGAGUCAUAUUUACUUCAGACGUUCCCGGCCUGGCGGCUAUGAAGGCUGCUUCUCUCAAGUUUCCUUAACUGUAAGCGAGCGCUGCUAUUUUUGCCAAACCGAAACUCUGCGCAGUUGAUUUGUAUUAAUCGGAUCGGAGAAAGUGCGCGUUUCAGACAUAGCGACAGGCGUGUUUGGAGGACAUUCUGCGAUCGGUAAAUGAUUUAUCUUGCGCAUAUCAGACUGGUGCAUAACCCCCAUAACAGUAAUCUCACCUCAAUAAAAACUGAUAGCGCGCAAUUGCCGAUCGCAGACCGAGUGACUAACAAUGAUUUACAGGAAUGUCCUUUUAAAAAUGGAACACACAAAGCAAAAUAGCAAAUGGGAGGGGCGAAUCGGCGCGCGCACUGUCACUUUCGGAACAUUAUUGUUAACUAAUACACUACAGGGCGAGACAGUCAGCGAGAGAAAUUCCUUUUUUUCUUAACCUGCGAAAGUCUUUUCCUUGUUCUGAUCAUUUUAACGAUCUUUGCCAUUAGGGAAAAAAACAGGAGCUUUCAGAAUAUCUUGCGUGUUGUGCUCCGAGGGGCAGAUAUUGCGGAGUUGGGCUGCCGAGCGUUUUCUUCAUCUGGCCAAACCUGCCUCCACAUGUUAUCAUAAACGCCAGCGCUCGUGGAGUGCGCAUGCAGAUGCUCACAGGUUACUUGGGGUUUUUGCUGACACCUUCAGCUCUUCUGCUUCUUUCAAUGCCUCUCAACAGGAAUGCGAUGUUUCACCAGAUUGUGAUUCCCUUGACAGCUCUCUUGGGAUUUUCUUCUGUUUCAUCAGGGCUCAGCAGUAUGUCUGUGGGAGUGGCACAUCGGUGUGAGAAUCGUGCAUGUAACCCUAGGAUGGGGAAUCUGGCCUUUGGCAGAAGGCUGCUCACCCAAUCGACAUGUGGAUUGAAUUCUACAGACCUUUUCUGCGCAUUUAGUGACAAUGCAGAUGGUUCUUGUCGGCCUUACAAGUGUGACAAGUGUAACGCGGCCCAUCCCAACUAUGCCCACCACUCGGCUGCUAUGGCGGAUUCCUCCUUUCGAUUCCCUCACACUUGGUGGCAGUCUGCUGAAGGUGUACACAGAGAGACCAUCCAGCUUAAUCUAGAGACACAGUUUUAUUUCACACAUAUGAUCAUGGUGUUUAAAUCACCCAGGCCUGCUGCAAUGCUCUUGGAAAAAUCACACGACUUUGGAAGGAGCUGGACCCCUUAUAAAUACUACUCUACAAACUGCUCGGAAACCUUCGGCUUGGAGGAUGACACAGUAAUAGAACGGGCCAUGUGCACUUCGAAGUACUCUGGAGCAUUCCCCUGCACAAGGGGAGAGGUGAUAUACAGAGCACUGCCACCACUACAUUCUGAGGUUGACCCCUACAGUCCUGCAGCUCAGGAGAAGCUAAUGGUAACAAACCUACGUGUGCAGCUGUUGAAGCGGCAGCAGUGUCCCUGCCAGAGUAAGGAAGUAGACAUCAAACCCCAACACUUGGCACAUUAUGCUGUCUAUGAUUUUGUCGUGAAGGGCAGCUGCUUCUGUAAUGGGCAUGCUGAGCAGUGCAUAUCUGCAAACGGAUACCAGCCAAUCAAAGAAAAGAGUCAACACGUGAUUCAUGGGAAGUGUAUUUGUAAGCACAAUACGGCAGGUGACCAUUGCCAGCUCUGUGCACCUCUUUACAAUGAUCAACCCUGGCAGCCUGCAAAUGGCAUUACUGGAGCUCCCAAUGAAUGUAAAAAGUGCAAAUGCAAUGGACAUGCAGAGAGCUGUCAUUUUGAUAUGACACUGUGGCUGACAUCAGAAAACCACAGUGGUGGAGUGUGUGACAACUGCCAACACAACACUGAGGGAGUGCACUGCCAAAAGUGUAGGAUGGGCUUUUACAGAGACCUCCACAAACCAUUUUCUGCUCCAGAUUCCUGCAAGCCCUGCGGCUGCCAUCCUAUUGGCUCUCUACCCUUCAAUGAUAGUGUUGUGUCCUUCUGUGAUCCAAAUAAUGGAGACUGCAUUUGUAAGCCAGGAAUUGGUGGCCCACACUGUGACAGGUGUAUGGUGGGAUACUGGGGUUUCAGUGACUAUGGCUGCCGACCAUGUGACUGUGCUGGAAGCUGUGAUCCCUAUACAGGAGACUGCAUUAGCAGUGCUACAGCUCUUGACUGGUACUACAAACCUGACUUUAUCUCCUCACUUAAUGAAACUGAACCUGUCUGGGACUGGGAAGAUGAACAGGGUUUUUCAGCUCUUCGUCAUUCUGGUAAAUGUGAAUGUAAGGAACAGAUUCUAGGAAAUCCCAAAUUAUUCUGUGCAAUGAAAUAUGCAUAUGUCCUCAAAGUAAAGAUACUGUCAGCUCAUGACAAAGGCUCUCAUGCUGAAGUUAAUGUAAAGGUCAAAAAAGUAUUAUUGCCUACCAAGAUGAAAAUAGCUCAUGAAAAAAUAACACUUUACCCAGAAUCCUGGACCACCAGAGGAUGCACAUGUCCAAUAUUAAACCCAGGAAUGGAGUACCUAGUGGCAGGUCAUGAAGAUCCAAAGAAGAAAAGACUUAUCGUAAAUAUGAAAAGUUUUGUCAAGCCAUGGAAACGAGACCUUGGGAGAAAAGUUGUUCAGUUUUUGAAAACAGACUGCAGAUGGUAAACAUUUUGGGAAAUUGAGCUGAGACUUAAAAUGUAUUUGUGCACUGAAGGGGCUGCAGUAAGUUUGCAAACUACUAAGAAGCAGAACUGGAAAUGAAUGCCGAGAAUGGUACAGAGGUAUGAAAGAACUUGAGUUUAACCUCAAACCAAAGCUGGCCCUGUUCCUGUCUUGCCUAUUUUCAUUCUCUUAUGCACUUUACAGUCUAUUGGCAUUAUCGACAGCUGAUAUUUUUCACGGAGUGGAUCAAUGUCUAAUACGUCAAUCAGAUCUUCAGGUCAUGUCACAAUGUUAUGGAGAAAGUGAUCAAUGAAGUGUUAAAAAGAGUGUGUUUUUUUUUUUUUAAAAAACUCAUUGGCCAUUGAUUUUUGUUUCAUUAAUCCAAGAACAUUUUUUUCUGAAGUAUAGAGUCACUUAUUUUUCAGGAAAGCUUACUAGAAGCCAAAGUAAUAUUUUGUUAUUGUACGUACUGUGUGCUUUUUAGCCGUCUCACACAACUUUCAAAGUUUUGGAGAGAGUGCUGAUAUUAAUUGUGUGUACAUGCAUAUCAUAAAGCCAUAUUAAACAUCACUGUAAAUGUUUUCUAUAAAUCAUCCAUCUCCUGAAUUACACAUAUUAUUAUAAGAUGAUAACAGUGUUACCAAAACAUUUAAAAUUCAUUGAAUUUUAUGUAUUUGUAUUCAUAUGCACUUAGAAGUCCUGUGGACUUGGGAAUGUCAAAUGUUGUUGUCCUACUUCUGUGAAAUGUUGUUUUUCAUUUUAUAUUGCUAUAGUUCAAAAUAAAAGUGAUAAUUAAAUGUUCUUGAAAUCUAUUGUAAGAUAAACAAGCUUGAAUAUAAUUAAAGCAGAGUUUUAAAGGUAGUUUGAAAAUUUUAAAUAAUAAGGUAUACAGCUGGAGUCACAGAGCAGUAGUGCUAUAGGGCAUCUACACAUUUGUGUUAAAGCUUCUUCUCAAUUCAGCAAGCAGGCAGCUUCUGGUGAUUUCACUAGUCAGGUCUCCAGUCAGCAAGCAUAAAUCACAUUUUUUUAAAAAAAAGGACCUGUAAAGAGAGUUUGGCUGACUGGAUAAAUUUAUAGCAAUCAAAACUGACACACAUAGAGUACAUGCACAAUCAAUCGUGCAUUUCCUGCAAUGUGAAAUAACACAUUUAUUAAAGCAGUGUAGACUGCUUAUCUGUUAAGGUAAUGGGGAGGCAUUAAAAAUAGUCAAGCUGUCAUCUUCAGUAACAUAUACCGUAUCUACAAAGAAAGGCUAACCUAUUAAGUUCAUAAAACUAAUGUGUAGUGAAAAAGUCUUUUCUCCUGCUUGUUGCUUCACUUGGUUUAGAAACAGCUAAUGGAUACAGCUCAACUGAACUUCCCGAUUCAUUUGCAUUGGCCUGUCAAAUCUUCUAUAUACAGUAAAAAAUAUGUAAUGUUAGCAGGGGUAUGCAAGUGAAGGCUGUGACAGGAUAGUAGAUACCCUUUCAGGGAUACCCAUUCCUCACUGGGAUGAUAAGGUUAAGUCAUUCUCACCUGGGGGAAUGCUUCAUGGUGGUAGUAAAAACUCUAAGCAACUAUUGGGCAUCACCACUGGUUUUCUUUGCUAAAUGCAAUAACAGCAGAAGCACAUAGGAGCUGUAAUUUUGUGAGUGUUCUCUAUGGGAACUAAGAGGAUCUAGAGGUACUUUCUUGUUGGCUGAAAGGGCACCAAAAUGCUCCCAGGAGUAGCUUCUUAUAUAGCUCCACCAUCUCAGGUGAGCUUGGAGAUGGGAAAGGAGUAGUGGCAAGGGCAAGGUGGGAAGAAGAAGGAGGGUAGAGGCAAGUUUAGUAUUAUAAGAAGGCCAGGAAGUGAGAAGGAGUUCAUAUGGAGGGUUAGGUAGCCCACUUUUGUAUAGUAAACCUUUGUGACCCUGUGUUAGGAUAUAGCGGGUUGGAUAAUGGAUGGAUGGAUUG